AUUGUAAUUUUUUAAGUGAAUGUUAUAUUGUGUUGACAAUUCUGUCAAAACUGCUCACGUAACUCUUUAUUUCAUAUAUUUUGUCAGUGCAACGACGCUUGUGGAAGCAUGCAAGCGGUGGAAACGGUUAAUUAUGGCUGGACAAUGUUGGUAACAGUAUGCCAUCAUGAUUGAAUUUUAGUGCAAUAUGGCUGCCAGUGGAGAAAGCGUCUUGUUUACAAAAUUGCAUAAAUGUGUUUUUCAGUUCGAAAUCUUAACGAUAAUGAGCAGCGUAUUAUAUUUUUGUGUGUUGUAGACGUUUGGUAGUAUGCGUAUUCGGAAUGUUGUAAGAUUUCUUCAUCGUAUGUCUGAGAAGUGUGGUUAAAAAUUGUAUUCUGACAUGAGAAAACGGUUCCGCCUGUAAACUUGGUGCACAACAAACAGUAAAUUAACAAGCAUUAUGUGUAAUUGCGAUGUUAAGGGGAGAUGUCAGGCGGUCCUGUGUUCCCACGGAAAAAUCAGAAGUUGCAGUUUUUGCUGAUUCAAACGAAAGUGCAGUGCACAAUAAAAAGCGAGUUACUCGAUCAAAUGGUGCCCUGGAUGCUGGACUGUGCGAGAGGACGGUGAAAGGUCAACACGAAGACAAGUCAUACGGAAAACAUGUUCGAGUGACUCGAAGUGCAACAAAAUUAUGGCAGAAGACGUGCGGAUACGUGGUGUCAAAUGUUCAAGAAAGUCUGGAAGUUGGUGCCGAUGCGUCAGAACAGCAUCUGAUGAAGCCACCUAUCAAACCUCCACCUUGCCACGUCCAGCGAAAUAUUUUGUCGGGUGUACUUACACGAACACAGCGAAAAGCGCUAGGAAGAGAUAAUAUACAAAGUGAAGUGCGCACUGCCUCUAAAGAACUGAGAAUAUCCACUGGUGGGAGGUGUGUCACGUUGGAGAACCUAGCCAACACUAGCGAUUACGGAACUGCGUCAGAAGGGUCGAGGAACUGUUCAGCAGCCAACGAUUUUUCACCAGUUAGUUCUGUAGAGAGUUGUCAGUGUGAAUCCAUAACUGGAGUAACUGAACUAGAUAGUGGGUCGAGCAGUGUUGGUAGUGUGACUGGCCAGGAGCAGGAUUUUGAGGAGCUUGAUAAUAAACCAACUGAUUUGUCAUGUGCUGCUUGGGAUUCUGAUGGGAAUGACUGCGAAACUCAAAACAAAGUCGAGUGGGAUUCUGAAGCAGAACAGCGUUACUACAGGCAUUUGCGGGAGAGUGUAGAAGUAACAUUAUUGAAGAGUGGUCAGGUCACAGCGAUCAUUCCUAAAAUAAACAGUAGUGGCUAUAAAGGAGAAUUCAGAAUUAAUGUGAAGUCUGGAGAAAGCAGCAAUUUUUACAGGCAUGGAUUGUCACGAAGUAUGCGUGUUCACCAUGUUAGUCCUGUGGUGUCUGUGGAACCUCAUGGUGUUCAUUUUCAUGAGAGUUAUCCAGCACUUCUUUCCAUUCCACUUAGCAUUGAACCUCAGGAUGAAAAAUGGCUUGUUUGUCUAUGCAGCAAUACGCCAGAUGGCGAACUUCCUUGCUGGAAAAGGCUACCCCAGAAGGAUUAUUCAUACAGCAAUGGGUAUCUCGUGAUAACAGCAGGCCAUUUCAGUCUCUUCACUGUAAUCCUGGAAGAGCCAUACCCAGAAGUUAUGCGACACAUUCGUAGUCGCCGUGGAGGACGUCUUUACCUGGAAGAAGUUCCUGGUGUUGAAGUAGUUUUUCCUCAGGGAUGUUUAGAGCAUGAUCUUGAUGCAUACUUGCGCAUAUUGUUUGAUAGUGAACCUCAUAUGCUUACUACAGGAGAACACCAUGCAUAUGCUCUAGCUUCCCCCGUCAUCAUGUUGGGUCCUCAUGGUCAUCAGUUUGAUCAGAAUAGACAGCCGGUGUACAUUCGACUUCCAGUACCAGAUUACCAUGAAAUUGUGCAGCAUUUUGGGCCACAUGUACGACUGAGUGUUUGGCAGAGUUCAACUCGCGAGGGUGAACCAAUGGUUUGGAAUAGACUCGAUGUUCCUUUGACAGGCCCAUAUAAUGUUUCAGUGCGUGGCAUGAACAUUCCUGUUGUUUCUUUUCCUGUUCAUCAUUUUUCUUUCUUCAAGAUAUUAUGGGAUGUUCUAUCAACUACGUUAUAUGAGGCAAAAAUGGGAAUGUCAUACUUUUACCCAUAUAUAUCUUUUUCAAUGAUGUGCCAAGCUUUCAUGGAAGAAAGUGGAACCAACAAUCGCUUUGGGCUUGAAGUAAUAUGUUACCGAUCAGAUCAUCGCUUACCGGAAACAACAAAUUACAGGCACAGGGUCGGUUCCAGUUUGAAACCAAAGAUGGUGAGACCAGGUCGCAUUCUUGUAAGGCUUCGUUCACAAAUGUUUGAAGCUGAUGUAGAGGCAGGUGAGGAUGCCGAUAUGGUGAAAGAGGAACCAGACUUCAGAGGCCGGGAUUUUGAAAAACAGUAUGCUUGCAGGUUCAAGCCAGAUGCUAAUGUCGAAAGAGGUCCUUUUGGAAAGGUCAUUGUAGAAAGAUUUGUCAGUGCAGCUGCCAAAGAUCCAUUGUUUGAGUUCAACCUAAAUAAGACUGGUCUUGAGGCUGAAACUGUACCUCCAGUGGGCUGUGAACGCUGGACAGUUUUUGCUAUGAAAGAGCUUGCUGGAUCAUUGCAAAUAACAGAUGGCAAUAACUGGAAGAAAUUUGCUCAACAUAUAGGAUUUACCAAAAAUGAAAUUAAGAACAAGCUGCAGUAUGCAGAUGACCCCUUUCUUAUGAUGAUGAAUAUGUACAAUGGACGUGGUGGUACACCAGAAGAGUUUGUUCAAGCUCUUUACGCAGUGAGUCGAGACCUUCGUAUCAAUGGCGGUAAUACAGGAAGUGAAGGAAGUGGGAGCAAUCGUUCAAGUGGGUCAAAGAAUUCUGAUGGCCAUGCCUCAUCUUCACAAGAUUCUGGUGGAGGCGUGAAACGCAGACUUUGGAACUUCAGACCUUUUGCUAAAGCACUAGAUUCUGAUUCAGAUGAAGAUACUCCUACAAAAGGCCAAAAACGACCUCUUCAAAGCAGUGACAAGAAGAGUCCUGGAGUCAGUGACUCUAAACGAAGAAAAUUCUCAGAUAUCUCGGAAACAAUUUCAUCCUCAGGUGAUGACGCCAAGGAUAUAAAAUCUUCAUCUACUGUUGAUCACAGAAAAAAUCCACGUAAGCUGAGUGAUAAGGAUCUCUGGCAGAUUUCAUCAAAAAUAGUUCGGAAGGACUGGCGCAAUCUUGGUCGUACAUUGGGCAUUGAGGAGCAGGUAUUACUAAAUCUGGAACAUGCUCAUCACUCCAUAGGCUUCAGGGAAUGUGCGUAUCAGAUGUUACUUGAGUGGAAGGGUCGAAAACCUCGCAGUUGCACUUUUGGUGAACUUUAUUCAGCUCUCAUGCAUGAGGACAUGGUUUCUGUGGCUAAGCAUAUGGUCAAAACUGUGACCACACGAGAAGAAUCUGAUGACUCAUCUUCAUGAUAAUGUGUCUGUCAAAUUUAAGCAUGAACAUACUAUAUCAUGCAAACUGAUAGGUCAUAGCAAUUGUGCAUAGUGGUGACAUUUACUUUGUAAUUUUGUAAAUUAUUGUGGUAGUCUUUCUUUGAUUUUAAGAAAGAUGUUUAUGUGCUGAUAAUUUUGUAACUUUUUGUACUCUGACAUUUUUUAUGUUGCCUCGUAUGUAUAGCUCUUAUAAGUUGUGCUGCUCAGAUGAUUAUCCUGUAUAGUGAUUGUAUAGUGUAUAUAAUUUAGAUGUUGUGUGUUCAGCAGACCGUUCUGUGUUUUAAUAGUAAUCCGAUACUGUCAUUUUAUCAGUUUCAUUCCAAAAUGGCUACAUUCAAUUGUAUUUAUAUGCUGUCUUUGUCAUAUUGUAUUACCACAGCAAAAUGAUGUUUUAUACACUCUUUCUCUUUGCCCCUUACCUUGUCAGUGAAUUUGUUUUGUGAUGAAUUAUUGGCAUCAGUUAUAUAACCACAAAUUUGUGUGUAAGUAUGGUUCACAAGCUAGAAUUGUCUCUGUUCAUGUUGUAAUUAAUGGUAUAUUUUAAUUUCCUGCAGUCUUAAAUUUUGUUAAUGAACUAUUUUUGUAUAUCCUGUGAUUCAUCAUUGCCCACUCACAACAGUUAACAUUCUCAGCUCACACUUCCCCAGACUCCUGAAUUUGUUACAAAGAAAUUUACAUCUGAGGAUGUCUUCUCCAUCUCGGAAGAGCCUGAUAUUUUAAGAGUGUCAAUCACUGCUUUUAUUGACUCCACUUGACCAAAGCCAGAGUUUAUUUUUUAAAAGUGCUGUCAAAAUUGGGAGAUUGUGGACAGUUAAGAAAAGUGUGCAAAUAUGGUGCUUUAUCCAAGUUUUGAAAGUAAACCAUAUUAUGUUGAAAUUUUGGUUAAGGCUAUGUAAUGUUUGAUCCAUAGUAAAUAAGAAAUAAAUUUACAGACCUGAAAUUGAACUUUGCAACACUUUCUCUCGUGUAUAUGACAAUGUUCAUAUAGAUAUGCAAUUCUCUCACAGCUUUAUCUUACAAAAACUUUUAUAUUCAUCCAGUAUGAAUUUUACGUGCAAAAUUUACUUACUAUUCCAAAGAUAACUGUGUUUUAACCAUUUCUGGAAAGAAAAUAUUCGAAAUAUUCUCAUUUUCUCAGUUUGAUCCCUCUAUUUAAUAUAAUAACAUAAACAGUAACAAAUACAUACAUUCAUUGUUCGAAUUUUGAAGUUAAAGAAUUUUCUCACAACCUCUCUCUGCGAGUCAAUACACACUGUGACUGAGUGAGGUGGCGCAGUGGCUAGCACACUGGACUCGCAUUCGGGAGGACGACGGUUCAAUCCCGCGUCCGACCAUCCUGAUUUAGGUUUUCUGUGAUUUCCCUAAAUCGCUGCAGGCAAAUGCCGGGAUGGUUCCUUUGAAAGGGCACGGCCAACUUCCUUCCCCGUCCUUCCAUAAUCCAAUGAGACCGAUGACCUCGCUGUCUGGUCUUCUCCCCCAAACAACCCUCCAACCCAACACACAGUGUGAAUUCCUAUUGACUUGAUGAUUUUGGCAUCAUAAACUUUUCUUAAACCUCCCCAUAUAGCAAAGAUCACUUUGCACACUUCGAUGAUGGUUCUCAGCUCAGAGGUAUGUGGUUUGAAUUAUCGUUAUGGAUGGAAUUUUUACACCAUUAUUUGACUGACAAGGGGACGAGUGGUGGUGGCGGCAUUAAGUACCUAAUCUGUGAACUAUAUCAUUGUUCUGGGUUGGAUUCCAGUCAUCUCUGCGGUGUCUCACAAAAUGAGAGUUUAACGCUGUUGAACCAUUUAUCAAAUGAGGAUGACCUUUUUGGUGCUAUCUGAGAGAAAUAGGCCAUAUGUCUACAUUUUGUUUCACCCUCUUCCUCCUCGCCAUAAUCAUGUCCCUCACUCCCACCACCACCACCACAACCACCACCACCACCACCACCACCACCAACAACAACAACAACAGUUUUCUGAUGAAAUUUUCUUCAGAAACCAGCAGAAUAAUAUGUUCAUUUCAGAACUAGACUGCAGCAAGCUACUUACUUGUUAUUUUCACCAAAAGAGACUAUAUUUGUUUGAUGUGUUUUACUCCCAAAGAUUUCUUUUGGUUGGUGUUAUUUACUAAAAAAACAUGAGUUCUGUUUGUAGUACUGUUUAAUACUUCAGAUUUUAUCUCUCAUGACUCUCAUAAGUUACUGGUUAGUUUCCUCCAUAAUUUUUAUUUCUUCAUAUAAAAUUCAGGAAAUGUUUGUUACGACUCAUCUUUGUGCUUUGCUGUUAUUAACUUUUUGCUACUAUGCGUUGUUGAUGUUUUAGAUCUAGAUACUUCAUAUAUUGAAAAUUAUCCCAUAGUACUCAGAGUUCUCUUGUAUUCCUAGCACUGUUUGAAAUUUUAUUACUUGCAAAUAAUAAUCUGUUUUCUUGCUUGUAUAUUGGAAGUAAUUGUGAUGUCUGUUGACAUUGGUAUUUUAAUUUAUUUUGUGUGGGUGUUAAUUUGCUAAAUUUGUAAUUAUCAAAGAUGCUCUUUAUUUGUGUUGUCCGUUGUGCUAAAAUGUUUUACGACAGUAUUAUUUUAUGAUUUAUUUAAAUAUUUUGCUGGUAAAUUGUCUGUGGCCAGUUGUCCUUUCAUGAACAGAUGCAAUAACUUGUGUUACAGUUUGAUGAACUGAAUUGAUUGGUGAACAUCACUGUAAUUUUCAAGCUGAAGUAAAUUAACCCUCAGUUGUGUACUUAAUUUGUGCCAGUGCCUACGCUGAUGUGCCAGUAAAGACCAUGUGACUCAAUAGCAAGGAUGAGUGUGAGGAUACAGGGAAUUUCUUGUAGACUAAUAUGACUGUGCAUUCUGAAAUCAUCCCAGUUCACAGUGUUGAUAUGUACAAACUUUAUAUUUGUUAAUUCAUUGUUAAAGAAUAUAAGUUAAAUGAAAAGAAAAUUAAAAAGUAUUGUACAGGA